AUGGAACUUGCGCGCUUGAUUGCUGAAAAUUCCAUGGCUAAUCUGCAAUCUUUCUCUGGUUGCCUACCGUACCGCAGGCUGUUCUUGAUGGGUCUGAAGAAGUACGGGCGCGGGGACUGGCGGAACAUCUCGCGCAACUUCGUGACGAGCUGGACGCCGACGCAGGUGGCCAGCCAUGCGCAGAAGUACUUCAUCCGCCUCAACUCCAGCGGCAAGGACAAGCGCCGCUCCAGCAUCCAUGACAUCACCACCGUCAACCUCCCAGACGACGACACCGCAGGCGGCGGCGGCAACCCCUCGGCCUCGCCGCCCUCUGUGUCUGUGCUCACCUCCACCUCCACCACACCCUCGUCCACCACCACCGGCUGCGGUCCGGUCAUCUCCGAGCAGUUUGGCGUCCUCGUCGACAGCAAGCCCCCGCCGCCGCACCACCACCACCACUUCUUGCCACACUCCUCCUACGGCAACGUGAAGCUCGAGCCCGUCGUCAAUUCCCAUUACGGCGCGGGAGAGGGAGGGAAGCGAAGCCGGGCGGGAUCGAGCGAGCGAGCGCAAAGCAGGCAGCGCGGCGGCGGCGGCGGCGUACGGGAUCCCUCGACACCGGUGGUUUCUUCCCAACGGAGAAUGGGUCGUGUCUAA